AUGACGAAAAUAAUUGUACUUCUGAUGAUCUUUGUGAUAUGUGAGUCAUCAAAUUAUUGUCACACAGCUUCAGGCCCUCAUAGAUCAAUUCGUAAAUGUUGUAUUCAACAUUCUAAUUGUCCCAUAGUGCUGGAACGCGAGGCUAGCAAGUACCUUGUGACAAAUAGUUUACCAUAUCAUUUAUAUUAUUGUAAAUGCGAACAAAGCUUUUACAAUUGCUUGUCACAUGUGAACAGUGGAAGAGCUGUAGCAACACGAAAAGCUCACUUCCUUGAAAAUGUUACGCGAACCUCAGAUACAACUUCAGAACAUCAACGUCAGAUGCCUCGAAAAUGUUUAGAUUUAAAAGAAGUUCGUGUGUGCUCCAAAAAAAUCUUGGGACUUUUCUGUGUCCAACAUAGCAAUGUUUUACAAGGCUCCUUCCAAGAUGUUGCCCGGUUUCUAUAA